GCGCCUGGUGUUUAGCAAGGAAUGGGAUUUAGUGUCUAGCAAGGGAGACUUGGUGGAAUAUGCCCAGAGUGUUGUAGACGCCUUUCGGUCCCAGUGUGAGGAAAUUUAGACCCCAUUCCCGUUUCUCUCCAAACUGUAGCUUCCCAAAGUCGCCAUGUCCAUGUCCCGUGAAGAGAGGGAAGAGCUCGAAGAUGUCAGGGAGGUGUUCGAUCUGUUCGAUUUCUGGGACGGUCGUGAUGGUCUGAUCGACGCGAUCAAGGUUGGGGAUCUUCUCCGGUGCAUGGGCCUCAACCCCACGUUAGCCCAGUCGGAGAAGCUUGGAGGUACCAAGGCUACAGGGCAGAAACAGUACGCUUUCGAGGAGGUGCUCUCCAUCUUCAAGCAGGCCAAAAACGAAAAAGAGAAGGGGACAUACCGCGCUUAUGUUGAGGCGUUCAAGUCUUUCGACAGGGAAGGUCAAGGCUACAUCUCCCUUGCUGAAAUGAACAACAUGCUCACAGCAAUGGGUGAGCGAUUACCCGACGAAUCCGUCAGUGAAAUCCUUAAACUAACAGAUACCAGAGAGGACAUCGAAGGGAAUCUGAAAUACGAAGAGUUCAUCAAGAAAGUCAUGAAAGGACCUGACGGAAAAGAGGACGUCAUCUAAUCAAUGUGCGCGCGCAUCCGGAAGUCAAACAUUUAAGCUGUUUAUUUAUUAUUUGACAAAUAACAUACGGUUAAUAAAUAUAGUCAUGCUAGGCUAGCUUAUAUAUAGGAAAUUGUCUAAUUACGUACUGUUCAUAUUUAGCAUGUUAAAUAACUAUUGUUCAUAUUUAGUUGUAUAGUGGUACAAUUUAGGCGAUUGACAUCACUCUGACGAGACAAAUGUGUGUAUCUUUAACCAGGGGGCACAUAUGCGUGUAUAUGUGUAUGAAUACAUACAUGUCUCCUUUUAUGAUUACAGUGUAAUCGAAAAGGGGACAAAUACAAUAUAUGACGUUUUCCGCGAAGCAAAAACAUGGCAUGUCCUAUGUACCAAGAAGCGAAUAUUCCUUUUUGAUAUCAUUUGAGUUUGAUUGAGAUACACUAUUUGUUUCACCGGGUAGAAGUUUAAGCCUAUGUUGUGUUCGUCCUUAUUAAACAGUCUUUAAGCAAGGGUAAUCCUACUACUUCAAGUUUUGUUCAUCCUCGUAACACAGGGGUAUUUUUAACGGAAUUCAAUAUAUGGAACACAUUUGCCUAUUAUGAAACAAACCAAACUGAUAUAUAUUUCUAAAUAUGACACUGAGGAUCUGUACCGGUUCAGUAUACAUUGUUUGAUCCCGCUUAAAUAGGUAAAAGGAUGCUGAGUAGCAUGAUUAAUGGGUUCGCCUUCGUUCCAAAGACCUAGGUUCUGUUCUCCAAGUGGGUGUUAGGUCCACUCCCAAAUAGUCAUAUUUGUUCAUAAAAAGUCAGUUAUAAUUAGUGUCAUGUCGGUUAAGAUUU